AUGGCAUCUGCUGCGAAGGGUAAGAUUUUGGCUGUCAUCGGAGACGAAGAUACCGUUGUUGGAUUUCUUCUCGGAGGUGUUGGAGAGCUUAACAAGGCUCGCAAGCCAAACUAUUUGAUCGUCGAUAAGCAGACCACUGUCCAAGAAAUCGAAGAAGCUUUCAAUGGAUUCUGUGCUCGUGAUGAUAUUGCUAUCAUUCUUAUCAAUCAGCACAUCGCCGAAAUGAUUCGUUACGCCGUCGACAAUCACACACAAUCUAUCCCAGCUGUUCUUGAAAUCCCAUCGAAGGAAGCUCCAUACGAUCCAUCGAAGGACUCCAUCCUCAACAGAGCCCGUGGAUUGUUCAACCCAGAGGAUUUCCGAUAAAUUAUAAAACUUCACAUCACGCUUCUCUUCGACAUUCCCAAAUCUAUUGCCCCCUGUUCUGCUCUGUGAUCAGAUUUUUUUUACAAACUCCCUUACAUUUUUACCGUUUUCGAAUGUACAUGAUUUAAAUUGCGAACUGAAAUUUCUAAAUA